GAAAUUUACCUGAAAAUGCGACCUUAUACUUGAUUUCACUAUCGGAAGACAAUGAAUUAUCUAAAGAGGAUUUAUAAAUAACUAAAAUAUAAAAUAAUUUAUAUGUCUACGAGUUCAUAUUGUAUUCAUAAUGUGGCAAUCAAGUACGUUUAUUAUUCAUAUGGCUAUUAUUAGCAUGGGGUUCUUUCACGGUGUAUUUGCUACGACGAUAUCAAUUUAUUCGAAGAACUUCGAAGAAGAUCUUAGUUUGAACUUUGAAGAACCUAUGGACAAGUGCGAUAAUUCGGAUCAAGAAAUUGUAAAACUUGUUAAAAUGGGAAUAAACGUUUUGAGGGAAAACUUCAUUGAGAGCGCGAACGUGCGAUCUAUCAAUCUCGAAGACAACCCUAUCAUUGAUAUCUCUCCGGAUGCUUUCAAAGGUGUUCCAAAUUUGACCUGUCUCAAUCUUGGACAGAACACUGCAAUCAAUAUUUUCAACAAAUUUUUAAAUAAUUUUUACCAUCCUUCAUUAGUGAAACUAAACUUACAUCGAGCUUUAAAAAAAUAUAUUAUGUCCGAUUAUCAAAAUUUACGUUCAUAUCGUGACACUGCAAUACCGUCAGGAAGUUUCCUACCUCAUGUCACGCAUUUGGAUAUUAGCGAAAAUAAUAUAGAUUAUUUACCUAAAUAUCUUAAAUCUUCAUUUCCCCGUUUAACGCACCUUUAUUUGUCGGGUAAUAGAUUAAACAUAUUAGACAAUAUUCCUGCGUCAACGCGAGUUAUAUAUCUUGAAAGAAAUCAAGAUACUAUUGUAAUGUCGUAUAUUCCAAAAAAUAUUUCUGCUUUAUUUCUUAAUGAGGAUACUAUAAGAGAUUAUAUUAGCGACUUUCAUAACCUUAAUGUAUUGUCUAUUCGUAACUGCAAGAGCUAUUAUUCAGAGACUUGCAGAAUUCAAAAUUGUGAAAAUCUUGUUGAUUUGGAUAUGUCAUCAAAUAAAAUUAAAUCUAUUUAUGAAGAGGACUUUAAAACAUUGAAAUCUUUACAACGGCUUUCUUUAGAUCAUAAUAUUCUUUCAUCCGUAUCUUUUUUGACCCAUUUGUCUUCUCUCACAGAUCUGUCCAUAGCAUAUAAUAAUUUAACCAAUAUUACGUCGGAUUAUUUUGCAAAUCUUCGAAAUUUGAAAACAUUAAAUUUGCGUGGAAAUCGUAUUUCGAUAAUUUCGAAAAAUGCUUUCUUGAAUUUGAAUAUGUUAAAAAAACUUGAUCUUGCGGAAAAUAAACUAACUACUCUUCCUGAUACAUGGAUGAAUACUUUGACAGGAUUGCGCUAUCUUAAUGUACAAUCGAAUUUCUUUACUAGCAUCGAAAACAUGUCAAUAUAUGGUUAUUCAAAUUUAAAUCACUUAUUUGUGCGCAACAACAGUUUUAUAUUGAUAGAAAUGAAGAGUUUAGAGAGAUUACCUUCAUCUGUUGUCAUUCAUGUAUCAUAGAUUUAUGAUUUUAUGUAUAUAAUAUAAAUGCUUUUUACUAUUUUUAAAAUUAUUAAUUAUUAUGAAUCGUAUAAUAUAUAUUUUUGUGAUUAUUUCUAAUAUAGUAUGUUUAAUAAAAUAUUAUCAAUUGCGAACAAUUUGUAUUGUGUUCGUUAAUCUUAUUUUCAUCAAUUUAAUUAUUAAUUCGAUCGAUUAAUUAACUUUAUUUGUAAUAAUAUCAGGAAUAAAGUAAAAUAAACAUGAUUGUUUUCUUGAGUUUGAAUAUGUUAGAAAAACUUGAUCUUGCGGAAAAUAAUCUCACUAAACUUCCUUCUCCAUGGUUGAUUAACUCGAGAAGACUACGUUAUCUUAAUCUAAAAUCGAAUCCGUUUACUAGCCUCGAUAAUAUGUCUGUGUAUGGUUUACCUAACCUGAAUAAGUUAAUUUUUGGGAACAAUAGUUUUACACAAAUCGAAAUAGGGAAUUUAAACAAAUUAUCAGUUGGUGCUGUUUAUGUUUCAUCGAUGAAUAAUUCAUGUGUAAUGUUUAUAUUGUAAUUUUAAAAAUGUUUUAUCAUAAAUGCGACUUGUUAUCUUACAAAUUAUUUUUUAUUAAAAAUUGAAUUUAUGUUUUUGUAAACAUUUAUAAUAUUGUGUGCUUAAUAAAAUAUUAUA